AUGAUUCGUGAGCUGAUUGGUGAUCCAGUACAAUAUGAACGGGAGAUAAUGUACGCCUAUAUAGAUCAGUUAGAUUUCACUGGUACCAAUCUUGUGCAAGCUCUGCGAUUGUUCUUACAUAACUUCCGGCUUCCCGGUGACGCGCGAAAGAUCGAUCGACUCAUGGAGAAGUUUGCGAGUAGGCUCUGUGAAACGAACCCAAAUGACGAUGUGUUUGCUAGUGCAGACGCUGCCUACGUUCUGGCUUAUUCUAUCAUCAUGUUGACUACUGAUCAACAUAGUUCACAGGUUAAACUGAAGAUAACGAAAUAG